AUGUACGCCGCUCAGAAUAUAACGCCAACAGUUUUGGAUGCCAUGAACGGAAAUGUUUCCGAAUGGUAUAACGAAUGCGACAAUGCCAUUAGAAGGUCAGAAAUAGUUCCUGGAACUUACGAAUAUACAACUGCUGUUUCUUAUGGAAACGUAGGUGAGUUUGGAGAAGGUUCUUCAACAACAGUAGAUAUUGCUUGCGACAGGUUUCAUAUUAUUUCUAUUGACAACUCAUUCUUAUACGUGGAACAAGACAUUGAAAUAAAACCUUCUGCCAAGUUGUCUGACAAGAAAGGUUGCAAUGGAAUUUUCUAUGUCGGAUACCAAUAUGCUCCAGAAGUUUUCAUGGGAUAUAAGAUAUAUUCUAACUCUGACUUAGUUCAAACAGUAACAUGGGCAAACUAUGAAUGGUUCGCUUUGAGAAACUCAGUACAACCACAAGCUAGAGAACAAACAGACCAGUAUGCAAAUAUUGAGAAAAUAAGAAGACUUGACCCUAACGUUCCAAAUGCUUUAGCUGCCAAAUAUAUUGCAGUUCCACUUAUGUUCCCUAUACACCAAAUAUCUGUCAAAGACUUUGCAGGUGAAGUUGGAAACCAAAAUCCAGGAGCCGCAGGUGCAAGAACAGAUAUUGCUUUAACAACUGCAAUGAAACAUGCAGAUACUAUGUUUGUACUGUUCAGACGAACUAUAAAUGACUAUUCUUGUUUCUACAACCCUGGUAUUAAAUAUCAUAUAAACAUAGAUGGCAAAUAUUAUCCAAGAGAAGAAUAUUCUACAGGUGAGGAUAUGAGGUCAUACAACUUGACAUUAGAUGCUAUGAACUUUAACAACAACUUCACAACAACCAUUAACCCUGAAAUGCAAAGUUCUAUUAUGCCAUAUGUGAAAGUAUGGACUCAUACAGGAGGUCAAAAAACUCAAUAUACAAAUGGAGACCGUUCAAACUUUUGGCUUGGCAUUCCAUUUGCUGACUCAGAAGACUUUAUGGGUGGUAUUUCAACUGUUGGUACAGUUCAAAUACAAUAUACUGGUGACAGAGACGGUCCAGAUGAAUUGAGAGCAAAGAAGUUUACAAAACCAAUAGCACUUUUCACGGAAGAUGCUCUUUUGAAGAUUCGUUCGAUGAAACCUGCUGGGGCUCCUCAGAUUGGCAUAACGACAGCUUCCAUCGAGCAGAUUUUGGCAGCAGGUCAGUAA